AUGUAUAAUGCUCUACACAGAUAUUCUAAUCUUAAAUGGCAAUAUAAAGGAGAAGAAGGGACCUACACCAUACCGUAUAUUGUUACAGGACGAUAUGAUUCAAGUGAAAAGGCCACGAUAGCAGAGGCAAUGAAGAGAAUCCAUAAAAAUACUUGUAUCCGUUUCAAGCCACGAACAACAGAACGAGACUACAUCGAUAUCCAAAACCAGAGGGACUACUGGAGUCAGUUCGAGAAGGUUACAACAAGCGAAGCCACCACAUAUGGCGUACCGUAUGACUACCGGUCGGUAAUGCACUAUGGAAAGAAAGCGUUUGCUUAUCCGGGACGAAUCAGCAUGAAAACGACUGACCCCAAAUUCCAGGAUGUAAUCGGUCGUUCAAAAGACGCCACACCAAACGAUUACCGUAAGAUAUGCGAAAUCUACGGUUGUAGCACAUGUAUGGGUGGCAAAACAGAUGUGGAAAGCGGCGAAAAUAUUCACGAAUACAUUAUACGAGACGACAGCGGCACCGAUCCAGUCACCGAAGUUCCCAUUGUUACACCGCCUCCUAAAGGGCGAUGUGUGGAUUCGCUUGGUUCGUUCUGUGGAACGAUGGCCCGAGUGGGAAUGCUUGACUGCGGCUAUUUCGGCCGACGACACUGCUGUGCUACGUGUGCAGCUGAGAGUGAGAAAUGGACCGAUCCUUUCGAGGGAUUCACCAGUUUCUUCCGACGAUUUCGUUUCUGA